AGUGCAGUGAAAAUUCGAUUGGCAGCUGAAAAAUCCAAUUUUCCCGUGCAAAAUGGUGUGAAAUCGCGCGAAAACCCAUCGAAAUACGGAACUCAUCACACGGAGCACAAUUUCAGCUAGUCUUCAGUUGCCGAAAGUUGGGUAUCGUCGCGGAUAAAGUCGAAAUUUGUUUGGGUGCGUCAGUUCUUCGGGGGAAAAACUUUUCCCUGUCAUUUUCGUCGUCUGCUGCCUGUGGCUGUGGAAGAAGCUGAUGGUGGAAGCAUAAUCUUGUUAUUGUUCUUUUUGUUCCAUCCCUUCGUCGUGGUCAGGCGCGCUCGGUAUCCGUGUCUGUUUGCGUGGGUGGUUGCCGAAUCAAAACAAAAACAGACUGUACGGUAGUGCAUUGUGUCCGCGGCGGACGUGUGUUUGUUUUUUUUUUAGCGAAUUUAAUCGUGAUGCUUCGCUAAUUCUUGCGGGACGCGGUCGCGAAAAGCGGUUUCAAUUGGAUUCAAUUUGAUUCAAUUACCUGCCACUGGGCGGGCUGGGCAUAUGCAAAGAAGAACGGGCAGACACACAGCGGCAAGCGAAUUCGUUUUCGUUUGAGAUUGAAAAAUCGAUAUCACAGCGGAAGCGGACAAUGUUUGGGCGAACGGAAACGAAAAAGGAUAGUUUUUUGGAGCAAACCAAAGCCGCCCGGGAGGAACGUGCCAACGAGCGGGCCAUGGAGGAGAAACGCGACAAAUCGAUCGUGCUGCUGCAGAAGAACAUCCGCGGCUGGCUGGCGAGGACGAAAUUUAGAAGGUUGAUUUUGGAAGAAUUUGACACCCUCCUACCACCGGUGACGAAUCCUACGAUAGACAUCGAACUGAAGCCUUGUCUUCAGGUAUAUCACGUUGCUUCGCAUUUCCUUCUGCAAUGGAAGUCGGAUUCCACGGAGGAAACAACAAACAAUGAUCGCUUGGAGCGUCUUUGUCGCUAUCUGACGGCUAGUCUCGAGUCCGAUUCGCCGAAAACCAGCUACAUCGGUGUUGCGUUAAACAAGGACUUCAGUCUUGCCUGGAUCAGACACAUCAAGAAGCUACUGUAUCGCUGCUGCAUGGCCAUCGAGCAGCUUCGACCGGAAGCCCACAGCGAUAGCAUAUCAUUGGCCUUAUAUUUGCACACUUUGGUGGCAUUCACCUCAACCAACAGCUGGGUGCUGCUGAGGAACAAAUCCCUGGCCGGACUGAAACCGGGAAUGCUACAACUGUGCAGCAAUAUCAUGGGCGAUUUAGUACAAAAAGGAUUCUAUCUGAAUCUGCGAAACGUCCUGGUGAAGGGAACCUGUCGGACAGUUAUAACAAUCAAACCCAUCUCCUUGACGGCCAUAAUGACGCUUGCCGUUCGUCCACUGAUUUCCAGUAAUUUCAGUGAAAACCUCAUGUCCCAGUUCCUAGUGCAGAUCCUCUCCGUUCCGGGCAUUACCUUCCAGUUGGAACAAUUCACCCCAGAGUGUCUUACCAAUCUACAAUCACACCAUAUCCUGGAGAAGUCGCUGGAUCUCCUCAGCACCGGAGCCUCCAUGAAGUUCGUGAAGAACACCCUUCAAAACUCGCAUCUCCUGUCGCUCCUCUCCAACAUCGUACACCUGUACUAUCUGGAACCGCCGGAGGAUGCCUCGAAACUUGCGUAUCCAACGUUCACCUUCGUAGUGACUCAGCUUCUCAACGGAAUCCUGCAAAGCGUUGGCCAAUCGGCCGGAACGUUUACCCAGUGGCACGAACUGCUCGGCUGGUUUACCCCGGGUAAGCAACGAUUGCAGAGCGAAAACCUUCCGCUCAUCAAGAAGCAAAUCCACCUCCUGUGGAAUCAUCGUAUCGUCAAACUGCUUCUGGGGGGAAAUCUUAAGGACCUGGCCGUGGGAUACGAAACGAUUGACUAUGCCAUCCCGAGUGGCAACAGCACCGGAAAUCUGCUGAAGCGAGCGUUGACGUUCGAAAGGAGCUCCAUCAAGAGCGGUGGCCAGGGAGAGAAGAAGACUAGCAAGUCUUUCCGGAAGAUUGGCUCGGCGGAGAUGUCCCGAGUGGCGCUGACCUGUGCAAUGUACCAUUCGGCGCUGAAUGCGCUCUCGCAGCUGCGGUUGGAUAUUUUGUCCGGUUUGUGCUACAACGACACCGUACUGCACGACCUAUGGCUAAUGCUGGGAUCGCUGGGUCCAACCUGCGGCAUGAAAGGCUUCAUCGAACUGCUACAAAUCAAUCAACCAAACUACGAACCUCCCUUGCUGCUGCUAUCGCUAUUCUGUGACUGCAUGACCCACUAUGUCACCAUUCUCGACGAUCUGGAAAUGUACGAACAGCAAAAUCCCUUCACCCUAAACGACUACAUCGCCCUGUCGCACUUUCUCAACACAUUCCUCUACCGGACGAUCCAGGACCAGAUAUUCGACAUUAAAACCGUCACCAGUGCUCCGCUGUUCGUAUCCACGCACACCCUGUUGCUGUGUCUGUAUCGUCGCGAUUGUCGGCGGUCUUUUGCGCCGCAGAACCACUGGCUCAUCCGGGACAUCCGACCAUCGCACUUCCUCACCGAUCUGGAAAAGGGCAAGAAGCAUACGCAGAUUCUGCUGCAGAAGAUGCCUCACAUUAUACCGCACGAGGAUCGCGUGCAGCUGUUUAGGAAGUUUGUCCAGAACGAAAAGGCGGUUCUGGGCUUGACGGAGUCGGCUUGUGCCUCUCCGAGUUCCGCACUGGUUACCGUGCACCGCGAUCGGAUAGUGGAGGAUGGCUAUAGGCAGCUGGCGGCUUUGCCUCCACAUGCCUUGAAGGGGGUGAUCCGGGUGAGGUUUGUCAAUCAGCAAGGUCUAGACGAGGCCGGUAUCGAUCAGGACGGAGUGUUUAAGGAGUUCCUCGAGGAAACGAUCAAACGAGUGUUCGAUCCGUCGUUGAACCUAUUCAAGACGACCACCGAACAGAGGCUGUAUCCUUCACCAACGUCGCACAUGCAGGAGAAUCACUUGCAGCUGUUUGAGUUUGUCGGGAGAAUGUUGGGAAAAGCGGUGUACGAGGGAAUUGUGGUGGAUGUGCCAUUUGCUUCGUUUUUCCUCUCGCAAGUUCUCGGACAGACGCACCAAGCACUGUACAGCUGUAUGGACGAGCUGCCUUCGCUGGAUAAGGAACUGUACCGAAGUUUGACGUUCAUCAAGCACUACCAGGGCGAUGUGGCGGAUUUAGAUUUGACUUUCAGCGUGGAUGAAGACGUGAUGGGGAAGAUUGUGACGCAUGAGCUGUACCCCGGGGGGAAAUCGAGAUCAGUGAAUAACGAAAAUAAGAUAAACUACAUCCAUUACAUGGCGUACUUUCGCAUGCACACGCAGAUACGUGAUCAAACGGCUGCUUUUAUAAGAGGUUUCCGGAGCAUAAUCAAUCCUGAUUGGUUAGCGCUGUUCUCAACUCCGGAGCUUCAGCGAUUGAUUUCCGGUGAUACGGCUCCCCUAGAUCUUAAGGAUUUGCGGAAACACACCCAGUACUACGGAGGUUUCCACGAUGGACAUCGCGUUGUCAGUUGGCUGUGGGACAUUCUUGCCAAAGAUUUCACCGAAGAGGAGAAGAAGCUGUUUUUGAAGUUCGUCACCAGCUGCUCGAAGCCUCCGCUGCUGGGCUUUGCCCACCUGGAACCCCCAUUCUCGAUUCGCUGCGUAGAGGUCGGUGAUGACGAGGACAUUGGCGACACCGUUGGUUCCGUGAUUAGAGGUUUCUUCACAAUCCGGAAAAAGGACCCCCUCAACCGCCUACCGACCUCGUCCACGUGCUUCAAUCUGUUAAAGCUACCCAACUAUCAGAAGAAGAGCAUGCUACGGGACAAGCUACGCUACGCCAUCUCCAGCAAUACGGGCUUCGAGUUGUCGUAAGUCCACAACAGGGAGAAAACCGCUAAUAACCGUACUCGUCUGGUAUUUUCCUUGAAAAAGUAUAUUUUCAAUACAAAGAUGUUAUUUUUCUACACCUUUGUAUCGAAGUAACAGCAAAGAAUAGCACAGAGGAACCUAUUGUCCUGCAAAUGGAACACUAUAGUAGUUCCAAAUCGAUGUCCUUCACACAUACAUAUUCAAAAGGGUAUAUUUUUCUAUUCUGUGGCUACAACAAUUAAAGGCAGGCACUUGUGGAAAAAAACUAAAUCUAAAAACCACUUAUGGAAGAAGAAAAAUGAUGUAUUAACUGUGAUAGUAAAACAAAUAAUAUAAACAAUGGACCGAGAACGUCGGAAUGACUGUAUUUCUUCCAGAUUUAUUUUCAAAAAAAAAAACGUUAAACACUUUGUACACAAAAGCAGACGAACAGUUCUAUACAUUACAUUAUUUAAGUAACAAUUAGCUUAUCCACUCCAUGCGCCACAUGUAGGUACAACCGCGGUCGUCAGUGUGCGGUAGCAUUGAUCAAAAACGAUGCUUUUCGAUGUUUAGUGUGAAAUCGCGUGUAAUCAUAAUAGGCAUCUACCGCAAAAUAACCCAAGAGAUUCGAUUUCCUUUCCGUUUAGCUUGUGAUGGGAUUGCAGCUCCCGAAGGAGAUUAGUUUAGUCGUGGUUUUGAGUGCAAAUAGCAGCCUGAGGUCGGCUUGAUCUUAGAAUUUCAGUGUCAAUGUUGCGUAGUAGUUAUACCUAUAUCCUGGUAGGAAAGUGUGUAUCGUUGAAGAGGCGAACAGCGAAUUUUCAUUGUCAGUGAAUACAGAGUUAUUAAACAAAAAGUAUUACUCGUACAGAACGAAUUUAGCGAA